CCGCGCCGAAAUAAUAAAACAGAAACUGCUUACUACUUGAACACUUGAACCAGAAAAUAAUAAGGCGUAGGUCGGUAGAGUUGAUUAGUAAAAUUUGUUCUAUCCUAUUAAUACAGACCAGGCAGUUGUAUAAAUACGAGUAGAAAGAGAAAUACCUACAAACGUACAACUAAACUAAGAAAAAUAUGGAAGGGCGGAAACAACCUGGAUCUUUCUGGCGUAAAAGGAAACAAGAAAAGCAAGAAAGACAAAAUAAAAUUUUGAAGGUAUACCCAAAAUGAUAGAUAGCAUUUUUUACACCUGAUGGAAAUCAAGAAGACGACACUACAAAUAUUUCCCAACCCGGUAGUAGCUCUAGUGCUACUAGUGAUAAAUAUAUUCAUAUUCAACCACAUGAACUUAUUUUGGAGACUUCAGAAUUAGUGCCAGAGCCAGAGCACUUAGUAUCACCUGUUUCAAAAGUAUUAGAAUAUGAAGAAGCAACCACCAGUAACUCGGGCCUUUACAAAUGGUAAAUAAAACAGGACAAUGACAAAUUUUUUUUUAAUUUUUUUUUCAGAUCCAAAACAGGAUUUACUUAAUUUUAAAGAUCCGGCACUUUGGCAAGAUUCCCAUAAUUAAGCAGAAAUGAUUCUAGAAAAAUAGGUCGAACAGAAUCUUACAGAUAUGGACUUUUCAAUGUCAAAAAGAAAUUUCGGGGAACAACACAGGUAUGCCGGUAAGCAAAUAUUUUAUAAAAGACUUGUUAAUGGAGAAGUGGUUCGCCGCGAUUGGGCAAUUUACUCGGAGAGCACUGGCAAUAUAUUUUGUCUUUAUUGUGUAUUAUUUGGAAAUAAAAAGAACCAAUUUAAAACAGGAUUUUCAUUAUGGAAUACAAGUAAGGAAAGAUUAGACGAACAUGAAAGAUCCAAUGAUCAUAUAGAUAAUCUGAUGACUCGCUUAUUAAAGCAAGGAAGAGUUGAUGUAGAACUCGAAAAGGAAAUUAGCACUGCGAAAGAAUAUUGGGUGAAAGUACUAGAAAGAAUCAUAAGUGUAAUAAAGUUUCUGGCUACCAGGGAAUUGGCAUUUAGAGGUACUCAUGAAAGAAUUGGCGAAAAACGGAAUGGAAACUACUUAGGUUUACUGGAACUAUUGUCAGAAUAUGAUCCAUUUUUGAAAGAUCAUAUUAAUACAUGAGCAAAUUUAGGUAAGGGCAAAACGUCAUAUCUAUCAAAAGAUAUAUGUAACGAAUUACUGAAUAUUUUAUCCAAUCGAGUCAUUGAUGAAAUUGUUAGACAAAUUAAGGCAAACAAAUACUAUUCUAUAAGUGUAGAUUCAACACCUGACAUAACACACCAUGACCAACUUACAGUGAUUUUGAGAUAUUGUGACAAUAAAGGGAAUCCCGUGGAAAGAUUCGUGGGAUUUUAUAAAAACACUGGGCAUAGCUCACAACAACUUGAGGAAACAGUUAUUGGGAUGUUAGAGUCUUUGAAAUUAGAUAUUAAGAACUGUAGAGGCCAGUCUUACGACAAUGCCAGUAAUAUGAGUGGAAAGUAUUCUGGUUUGCA